CCUCACAGCGGUUACGUCACGCUUUGCUACUUUAACCACUGCCACCACAAAAAUCACGUGAUGAUGCUCUUAUCACAUGAUGGUUACAAAAUGGCGGAUACACCAAAGAAGUCUUUGAAUUGUUGUUUUAUUUGCUACAAACAGCGGCACUACAAUUUGACGUAUGGUGUCAAGUCUGUUGAUGUUGUUAACAAAAUUUCAUUCCUGUUAAAAAGGAACUUUAAUGCCGUAGUGGAGGCAAAAAAAUCACUCGGCAUAUGUAAAUCGUGUAAUAUUAAGAUUCUCAACACCUACGAGUUUGUAAAGCUGUUGGAAACCGCCGACCAACAGUGCUCUGGUGACCACUCAGACUCUUGUCGGUUGAAACGGAUGGCAGUAAGCCCACUUACGCCCAAACUGGCAAAACCUGAUUCAGCUCCAAAGAAGAGACUUUCAGCUGCCAGGAAAUCACUAGAUCUCCAUAAACCUGAAGUGCCUUCACCCUCGCCUUCAUCAGGGUCAACUCCUUACUCUGACUCGGGUAGUGAUCAACCAAUACUAGAGGUAGAUGAUCAUGAUUAUUGUCUAAGUGAACAUCACAAGAGAAAGCCUUUGGAACACUCUUACUGUCAAACUGAAGAAGAGGAGUCUAAUGAGAACCAGACUGAAAAGCAAAUCACUUCGUUAGAUUUUAUGAGGUUGUCAGCAAUAAGUGAUAAUUCCAAACCAACUGAUCCAAUGAUCCAGGAAAUUGUCAGGCAUAUUACUUCAAAUAAGAUACUUUCAGGCAAAAUCCAGUGUGUCAAUGUUCAAUCAACUCUAAUGCAGGCUGUGCAGGCACACAUAUUGACGGACAUAGACAUGCACUGCUCAACAAUGGUGUCUCGGAAUGCUGCUCUUGGAAGCGUGUUAUCAAGGUACAGAAGUGUAAAUAGUCUGGUUGAUUAUGGAGACAAACUUCUACAAGAAAUUGUCCGAGAAAUGUCUGAAAGCAGACUUCCGUUCCUACUUGAUAUCUUCACCAUAAUGGUAACUGCUGGAAAAGAGCCAGUUGAAAGUAAGGCUGUCCAUGUAGCUGCAGCAUAUGCAGUCCUAAUGAAUGGUAGAAAUGACAAACUUUCCGCAUGGCACAGGCUUACAACAUUCAUAACUAUAAAAAGGACAAUUGGAUGA